AUGCAUGUUCAAGGUUCUACCAAAACUCCUGAAAACAGCUAUGAUUUGGAAAUGGAGGAUACGGAUAUGAAUGACUCUGCCGUUCUUGUCAGUCCUCCUCAUACAAGUACUGCCUCAAGUUCUCUACUAACGCAAGAUGAAAACGAAUUGGAUACACGUGAUGACGUUCCAAUGGAACUUGACUACAAUGAUAAUAAUUCCGUUACCGAUGAUAAUGAUUGCAUUGGUGAUGACUCCGAUGAUGAAGCUUCUUCCAACGAAUAUCAAGAUGAACCUUCGUUCCAUGAAUCUGAAUACCGAGAUGAAGCCUCUUCCAAUGAAUCUGAAAGUCGAGAGCCAUAUGAUUCUCAAACAAAUUAUGGUAAAGACUUGGCUGAAUACAUUCCCGGGUUAUAUCGUCUGUUAGACUUAUGUAAAGAUGAUGGUACGAAUGGAUUUGAUAAAAUAACUAUCUCGAGGGAUUAUUUAGAGAAACUAUGCAACAAUUAUGUUCCAUCAAGUUUCAAAACUAUUUCUGAAAUUGAUUUUACGAAAUUAAAUUCAAUCUCGAUUCACCUUAUUGGAUGUUAUGGAAAUCACGCUUUAAUUGCGGGGCUCCUAAAGAAAAAAGGAAUUAUCGAUCAACAAAUACAUGACGCGCUCGUUGCAUCGAAUUCUUCAGACAAUACAAAUAAAUCGUCUUUACGUCCUGGUAUUUACUUGCUGGUUGUAAGUUCAGACUUGGGUUUGGUAAUCCAUUGGCCGGAAGUAGGAUGUUACGAGGAAAAUGCUUCCUCGCAAUGUAAAAAGAAUGCGACUAACCUUCAUAGAUAUUUGACAAAACUUACUGACCAUCAGCUUUGUCUUAUGGACGGUAAAGAUUUGGAAAGUUUUGAUUGGAACUUGGACAGUUCUGAUAAAUCCGAUAGGGAUUCCGACGAUGAGAAUGGAUCACAUUAUAAAUUUGAGGUGAAAUUAAUUCAAGAAGAACAGGAAAACUUUAAACUUCAACCCGGCUUCAAGUUGGAUUUACCAAGCAAAGUAAAGAACGAAAUAGAUAAUCACGUUCAUGAUGAUAUUCCUUUGUAUCCUAUUGUCGUCGAAUCUUCUACGUGUCGUUCGUUUGCUACUCGUCAAUUAGCCUUUCGAUUAUGUACAUCCACCCCAACUAUUCCUCAAAUUGACUUUGCUCGUGAACUACAGAAGAAGUUACGGAAUCGAACUUUACGUUUCGAUCGCGAAAAAAUGAACAUGAAAUCAUUAGAGAUUUUGAUCAAGCAUGGAUUAAGUAUGGAAGAUGAACUUCUAAGUCAAUUACGUAAUGCCAUUGCAGUUGCAAAGUUGCGAUUUGAAAAAAAGAAGGAUCAAGAAAGGAAUGCCAUAAAAAAGGAUACUGAAUUGAUUUCGAAUUGGGCAUGGGAAAAAUUACGCUCCUGUUAUAGUCUAUUUGAAGAGAUGAUUGACUCCUCUUCGCAAGCAAUUAUAAGUGACUAUGAUUUAGAACGAAUCCGUUCGAAUUAUCCAAAGAUUGAUGAACAAAUUGAUGAAAAGAUCGAUAUCAAUUCCAAAUCUUGGAUUAGACUGAAAAGAAGAUACUAUUUGAACAUGAUAACUAUUGUUGAAGUAUAUAAAUUGAUUAAGAGUUCUGGAUCGUGCAAUGAAGCAAUUACAGAAUCCGCGAUUCAACUUUUUUAUACUAUAUUCACGGAUGGAGAAAAUGAUGCGCAUAAGUUAAUAAGUAAAUACGACGAGAAACUAACUUCGCUCGCUUACAAGUUGCCAACCAUUUUUGCCGGUAUCUCUUUCACACCUGAAAACAUUAAUCGCAUUGUUGCAGAUUCGAUUAAGAGGGCCCAAGAUACGACAGAUAUCAGAUUCAUACAAGAAUUUAUGAAUUUAGAAUUCUUUGAUGAAUUUAGUGGGAUCAAAAAUAAAGUCGUGGUUGCCUUCUUUGAAGAAUACCAAAAAUGGAGAAAAUCCGUUUUUCCGAGUAACAUUAAAGAUAUUCUGCCAAAAUCUUCCAUCAAUAAACAAGUGUUGGAAAAGUUAAAUUACGAAUACGAAAAGGAAGUACGAGAAAUAGAAGCUCGUGAAUUUCAACGAAUUUGCGAUGUAUUAGAAGAAAAAUAUAGAAAUGGAUUUAUGAAAUUGAAUAUCAUAAACGUUACAGAAUCUGAGAGUGGAUUUCGAUUCCAUCAUGAAAUUGAAGAAAUUCUGACGGAACAGCUACAUGUAACAAUUUAUGAAACUUCUUUAGACCAAUCAGAUAUGCAUCGACUUCAGGAAGAUGAAUUUCAUGUUCCAGAUAUAUCUUUGAAGCGUGGUCAAGAAGCUGCAUCAUUUCACCUUGAUCCACGAGUUUACGACAUUAGGAAUAUAUCUCAAUUUGAAAAUCGUAAAUUUCUUCUCGUGCUUUACAAUAAAAAAUCGCAAAAAAUUGAAAUUUUCCUCGACACUGCCGAGCGGUUGGCACAAAACUUUAAAUCAAAGAGUUCAUUUAAACCAAUUAAAACGUUGAGUGUGGAAGAUAAAUUUCUUAUUGCAAUUAAUGAUUCAAAGAAAUUAAUUGCAAUUUAUCAUACAAAAAAAGCUGAGUUGGAUGUAUUUAAUUUUAUUGAGGGGCAAGCCAUGUAUCCACGAAAUCCGAAAAUCCAGUUAAAGCAUUGUGAAUAUACCGAUAGCGAAGAUGAUGGCACG